AUGGCCCCGAUCCGUGUUGGUAUCAUCGGUCUGACCACCGUCACUCCCUCUGACCAGGGCUAUACACCUGGCAGCUGGGGCCUCGUGCACCUUACUGCGCUGACCAGCUCGCCGCAUUACAAAAUUGUUGCUCUGUGCAACUCCACUGCUGAAAAGGCUCGCAAGUCGAUUGAGCAGAACAAGCUCGACCCGGCGACCAAGGCCUAUGGCUCCCCCGAGGAACUGGCCCAGGACCCGGAAGUAGAUCUUGUUGUCGUGUCCGUCCAUGUCGAUAAGCAUUAUGACCUUGCCAAGCCUGCACUUUUGAAUAAGAAGAGUGUCUUUGUGGAAUUCCCCCUCUCGGCGAAAUAUCCAGAGGUCGAGGAGUUGGUCAAGCUUGCCGAGCAGGGUAAUGUCAAGACUAUCGUCGGCGCUCAGGCUCGUGGAAAUCUUGCCUUUGCUAAGGUCAGUGAGUUGAUCAAGUCCAAGGCUAUUGGCGAUGUUACCAGCUCUAGCUGGGUCAGUCAUAUGCCUCUUUCGACUUGGGAUGGAAUGCUCGACGCCUUGAAGGAUUUUACAACAUUGGAAGGCGGCCCAAGCCGUGUCAAUAUUGCUCUGGGACAUGGCUUGGAACCAUUCUUGCACGCCUUAGGGGAGUUCAAAACCGUCCAGGCCAUCUUCAAGACCCAUGGCAAGAUAAUCCCCCUGUUUGACACCACCGGCAAGGUCGUCAACCCAGAAUUCAAGACCACAGCUCCCGAGUACAUUCUUAUCCAGGGUGUAUUGGAGAGCGGUGCCGUGGCAUCGAUCAAUCUGCGUUUCGUGGCGAACUCGGUUGAUGACGCCACAAUCCGAUGGAUUAUCAGCGGUACGGAGGGCGAGCUCCAGUUUGUCUCUCCGGCAGAGAGCUACGUCCAGGCCGACCUAUCUCAAUCCAAGCUACGUCUCAAGAAGUGGAAGGGCGAGGUAGAGGAGAUCGACUUCAAGCGCGAAGAGCCGGCUCACAUCACUAGUGGGACCAACCUUGUCAUCAACACGGCUCGCUUGUACGAGUCAUUUGCGACUGGAAACGAGAAUGGAUAUCCCUCAUUUGAGUCGGCGAGGAAGGUUCACAAUCUAAUUGAACAGAUUAAAAAAGUAGCCGUGUGGGCACCUUAG